AUGACUAGAGUCACGUCCAUGGCAAAGUUUACCCGCUUGACGGCAAGCUCGUCAGUUGUCAGGCCUACCAGCAUGGCCUCUGGAGCUUCCAAGGCAUCUGCCUCCCUUGCACACGAGCUGAGCGCAGACGGCAGGAGUAGUGAUCACGAGAACUCACGCCGUGGAAUGAUGACAACCCACGGCCCAGCCCGCGUGCAGCCAAACCCCAACCGCACCAUCCCCCUCAUGCAGUCCUUCUUCCACAGCAGCCCAUCCCAGGGCGCCAGCCUCGCGACUGCGAGGUCGUCCCCUUCAUCCCUGGACUUUACCGUGCUGCCUAACAUGGCGACCUCCAUGCCGGAUCUGUUCAACGCUGUCCCGCGCGUCCCUUUGCUACCGGACAACUUCUCCCCAAACAGGUCGGCGGCCCUGUUCCCCGCCGAGGUCCCGGAUGCGCCCCUGCCUGCGCCGGAGAUCAGCGUCAUCGCCCAGCACCCGGAGAAGGUCCUCUCUGCCCUUACCGAGGUCGAGGGCAUCGGCAUUGACGGCAUCGAGCUCAAGUUUGUGCAUCAGCCUGUAGCUUCCAAGUCGGCCGAAAGCGAGUCCAUGAUUAGGAACGUCUGGGCUGGGCUUUGA